GAGAAGAAAGACAGAGUUACGGAUGCGCUGAACGCAACCCGUGCAGCCAUCGAAGAGGGCAUUGUACCAGGCGGAGGAGUUGCUUUGCUGCGAGCAGCAAAGGUUCUCCCCAAUCUGAAGGUGGCCAAUGAAGACCAGAAACAAGGUGUUCGUAUCAUCCAACGUGCAAUCCGUGAGCCAAUCACGACGAUAGUGCGUAAUGCUGGCAUUGAUGCGUCAAGUGUGAUUGAGAAGGUGCUCGAUAAUAAGGCACUUGAUUUUGGUUAUGAUGCGAUGAAUGAUAAAUUUGUGAAUCUCAUCGAUGCUGGCAUCGUGGAUCCGACGAAAGUGAUCAGACAAGCACUGCAGGACGCCGCUGGAGUAGCCUCCCUGCUAGCCACAACCGAAUGUGUGGUGACAGAGGAAGUAGGUGAGAAAAAAGCCGUGAAUCCACUACGAGCAGGAUUGGAAUAA